CCGUCGUACACGCACACAUACAAACACCGCCACCUCUCACUCCGCCCAGUCUGUGUAUGGCAGCUCAGUUGUUGGCACAUGAGGUUUCCGAUCUUUGCCUCGGCAAGCCGCCGCUCACCUCCCUCUCCAUCUCCGCCACCAUCGGCGACGCCCUAACCGCCCUUCAAACCUCCGAGGAUACCCAUAUCAGUAUCUGGACAUGCGACCACCACCACUCCGUAGCCGAUGAAAUCAUUAUCAAUGACUGCCGCUGCGUCGGAAAAAUCUGCAUGGUUGAUAUCAUCUGCUACCUCUGUAAAGAAGACAACCUCUUGUCUCCUUCUUCGGCACUCAUGUCCUCCGUUUCUGUUUUGCUCUCACAUGUUCCCGGCGGCGUCGUCAGACACGUCGAACCCUCGGCGAGUUUGAUGGAAGCCAUUGAUCUAAUUAUUCAAGGUGUACAGAAUCUAAUAGUGCCGAUAAAGAGUACGUCUAAUCACUUUAAAAGAAAACAACUCCGGCAAUAUCCGUCAAUUGCUCCGACAACGCACACCGGUGGCCGUGAGUACUGUUGGCUGACGCAAGAAGACGUGAUCUGGUUCCUUCUUAGCUCAAUCGGUUUAUUUUCUCCAACCGCCGCGAAUUCCAUCGAGUCACUUGGUAUAAUCACGACGGAGAUCCUCACAGUCAAUUACCAUUCGCCGGCUUCGGAGGCGGUGGACGCCAUUUCAACCUCUCUUGCCAACCAAACUUCGGUUGCUGUCAUCAACGACGAAGGUGUGUUAAUCGGCGAAAUAUCACCUUCCACCCUCGCUUACUGUGACGAAAUGGUUGCAGCUGCUAUAACCACACUAUCCGCCGGCGACCUUAUGGCAUACAUCGACUGCGGUGGCCCGCCUGAGGAUAUAAUCAAGGUGGUGGAAGCAAGGCUGAAAGAGAAGAAUCUGAACGGAAUGCUCGAGGAGUUUGCUAUUUACUCCUCCGGAAUUCCAUACUGUAGCAACAGUUCCUCCUCCGACGAGGAAUCGACGUCGUCUCCGACAACCACAAGGUCCGGGAGGUACAAUAGGUCAGGCAGGUACUCCGCCAGGAUAAUGAGGAGGGCGGAGGCUAUCGUCUGCCACCCACGAAGCUCCUUGGUGGCGGUGAUGAUUCAGGCAACCGCACACCGUGUUGGGUACGUGUGGGUGGUUGAAGAAGACGGUAGUGUGGUCGGAAUAGUGAGGUUUUCCGGCAUGUUGGAAGUUUUCCGGGAACAUUUGGAGUGCAUGAUGGCUGAUGAGGUCGUGUAGGAGUUUUAUGAGAAGGACCUAUUUUUAAAGUACUCAAAAGAUAAGGGGGUGAUUUGUGAAUAGGAGCUAGUUUUGGAACUGGGCCUACUGGCAGAUAAUUUUGUCCUGGGCCUUUGGGCUUUUGUUAUUAUUUUAUUAAUAAAAACAAUCUUUGUUGC